CUCUCUCUCUCUCUCUCUCUCUCUCUCUCUCUCUCUGUCUCCGGGCAUGGCGGACAGUGACUAGUUCAUCUUCUAUCACUGCUGCACGAAGUGUAUGAUCGGUUCCAACUUAUUUCCGAAUUACUCGCUUCAGUUUUGCAUCUCACUUCCGUUCCGUUUCUUUUGACAAAGAGUUCAUCGACCAGUGCUUCUUAGGUCAAAGAAUGGCUACGAUCUUCACCUAGACAUCGCGUUCUCGACUAUUUCGAUAUGGGCUUCGCCGUCGGAGUUUCUUCCAGGCUGAGAAGGUUCUUAUUUUCGCGGCAGGUCAAGGAGAAGAGUCCGGAUGACUCCAAGGUCGUUAACCCUGGACCUGGUUUUGGCCCAACGGAUUUCGGAAGUAGACAGGAUAUGUUCUUCGACUCACGGGGGUGGUUGGAUUCUGAUUGUGAAGAUGAUUACUAUAGUGUUAAAGGAGAAUUCACUCCUUCUCGAGGUAGUACCCCAAACCGCUAUUUUGGAUCUUUGGAAACACCUCAGAGGAAUGGCAAAACAUUCGAUGAUAACCCGUUUCCUGAUAAUAGAUCUGAUGCUUCACCCACCGAGAAAAAGAAACUCUCGGAGCUUCUCCAAGUCUCAUUGAGUGAGCCGGUAGGCAAUGAGAGCAAGUUUGAAGAUGUCGGAAAACCAGAUGAACGAAUAAAUGGCAAAACGAAUAUUGGAGAUGCUGAAACGAAUCAACUUUUAAUUCCGUUCAAUGAGACCGCGAAACCUAAGAAAGAGAAGUCGAGUUUAACUGCUUCAUGUUGCAUUCCAGGCUUGGUUCCAGGCAUCGCCUCGAGGAAGCAAAAGACGAGCCCUUCACAUUGAGAAGUACGUAACAACUUUGAUUCCGGAGUAGGUUUUGAAUCCUUAUAUUUUUCUUUUAAGUUUUAAGGUUGAAAUUGAUUAAUGAUCUCCCCAUUUGAUCGAAUAUUGAAAUCGAUAUCAGAGUUUUGUGGAGAUAUUUGUAUAGAGGGGGCUUUUUAUCUUAACCCGAGCAUAUGUUUGUGGAGACCAAGUUUGUGAUAAUUACUUUUUGCUUGAUUAAGAUUGUUUAUAUGUCAA